UCAUGUACUUGACAUUUGCCCCUGUUAUCCUAAUCUUUGCUGCACUCACCCCAAAGACUCAGAGCUAUGAUGCCGCUACGCCAGGAUGCCACAUUCACCCAUUCAAUGUUACUAUAAGAAGUGAUCGUAAAGGGACCUGCAGAGGGACACACAUUAUAAAUGCAUGCGUCGGCCAUUGUGAAUCCAGUGCAUUCCCGUCCAAGUAUUCUGUUUUAGUGGCCAGCGGAUUCAAACACAAUAUAACCUCAGUGUCACAGUGCUGCACCAUCAGCAAAAGGCAGACGGUGAAGGUUCGUCUGUUUUGUGGGGCAUCUCGCUGGGAGGAAAUCGACAUUGGCUCUGCAGAAUCUUGCCAAUGUGAUAUGUGUAGUCUGGCCCGAUAUUAACUUAUGUGCGCCACCGGAAUCACCCAACCAUAUAUACAGAGGCUUACAGUAAUUGCACUAUGCUUUAAAAACCUUUAAAAGUUGGGACCCUAUGUACAAUAAGCAGUCAUCAACCAAUGUAGCCAUUGUACAGCUUUAUCACAUAGGUGCAAUGUGAUGGACACUUAGGUAAAGUCUGGUGCAUGGAAAGGUGCAUUUAUUUUUAUUGAUACUCAAGGUGGAAAUCGAGCUAAAACUGGUGCCUGGUGGCACCAAUCCAUAGGCCAGGAAUUGAUCAGAAUUCUCAUUUUAGAUUAGUCCACCCAAAACUUAAGCUGGUCAUACACUUGUUUUUAAUUUAUCUUUAGAUUCACCUUCAACUAUGU